AUGGAUACUAAAUGGAUAGAAUGCAAGUGUAAAUCAGGACAGACUCUGUAUUACUACAACAAAGUGACAGGACAACGCAAUUGGCCUUCGUAUGCAAAUUGUUCAACAGAAGACAAGAAAGGCAUGAUUGGUCAGCCAGUCAUCGGUCAUGAUUUGUGUACAGGAACAGAUAUUGGUUGUCCUUCCAGUUUAUGGCCAAACACAGAAACUUCACCUCAACAAAAGCCAUUUGUAUUCCAUGCAAAAGAAGAUCAAGAAGACACAAGCAUAGAUGGAAUUGGAAUUAUUGAUGCAAUGUUGAAAGUUCUUGAGAAAAUAACUGAUGGAAAUGACUCUGAACAUUUGGCAGAGUUUACAAAUUACAACAGCAACGAAACAGUAGAUAAAUAUGUCAACAAUAAAGAUAGUGAUGAGAAUAUGAAAAGUGUACUUCAAGAAGGAGAUGGGGAUGGGAUGGGAAAUGACAACAACAAUGAAGCAACAAGUACCUAUGUUAGAAAUAAGGAUAGUGAUGACAAUAUGGAAUGUGUACUUCAAGAAGGAGAUGUAAAUGACACUCAAUGUUUGGUUCGGUUUACAAGUAACAACAUUAAUGAAGCAACAUAUAUCUCUGUUCAUAACAAUGGUCAGAAGGAGAAUGCUUUGUCUCCUGCGGUGAAACAAAGCAAAAUUCCUUUUAAUUGUUCUUACUGCAGCAAGAAAUUUAACUACAAAAGUAGUUUGAAUGAUCAUAUAAGAAUACACACUGGAGAGAAACCUUUUGAAUGUUCUUACUGUAAAAAGAAAUUCACACAAAGGUCGCAUUUAAAACAUCACAUAACAGUGCACACAGGAGAGAAAGCACUUCAAUGUUCUCUUUGCCAAAAAAGAUUUGCCCAUAAGACCACUUUAAGAACUCACCUAUAUACGCACACUGGAGAGAAACCUUAUGAAUGUUCCUUUUGCUGCAAGAAAUUUACAAGGAAGUCACAUUUGAAAGAUCAUUUCAGGAUACAUACCGGAGAAAAGCCAUUUGAAUGUUCUUAUUGUGGGAAAAAAUGCGCACAGAAAUCAAAUCUGGUAUCUCAUAUAAGAACACAUACAAGAGAGAAGCCCUUUCAAUGUUCACACUGCAAAAAGACAUUUACAAGUAAGAAUAGUUUAGAUUAUCACUUGAAAUUACACACUAGAGAGAAGCCCUUUGAAUGUUCAUAUACUGCAAAAUGA